AUGCUAGUCAAACAUAGCAGGCGGUUCUUAAAGCGCAGCUUAGAUCAUGUCCUCCGAAUAGGUUGGAGACUGGAAACGACGCGUAGACCAGUGACAGGCGACACUGUGGAAUAUCUGAGACUCGUCACCCUAGACCCUGACGGUGUGACGAACGACUACAGUGUUUUCUACAGUGAAAGCUACUCUGUGCCAGUGUUGUAUUUAUCGCGUUACAGUGAUUCUGGUGAGCUCGUCGCACCUUCCGGUUGUGAAGACUGUUUGACCCCGACUGACCAUCCGAUAUCCGGUGCGCCGGUUUUGUUUUUCCAUCCGUGCCGCACGAGUGAAUGGGCGGUUCUCACGCCGAAGUCGGAUGCGGGAUUGAAGUAUAUUCCUUCGUGGAUGAGUUGGCCGUUCGCAAGAUUCCUUGGGAUUCAGGAACCUGCUUCGACCUUGUUCUCGAUGCUCAACGGAAUUGCUCAUGUGUUCGGAUUGUCAGCCUUGUUGAGACAAGUUAAAAGUGAGGCGCCGUUUAGAGGCUGGUGGAUUGCAAAUGGAUUGAUCAUGAUUCUAUGUUGGGUCUUCUCGACCAUAUUUCACACCCGUGAUACGCCAUUUACGGAAAAGCUGGAUUACGCAGGGGGAAUGAUUGCGAACGUGGCUGCGCUUACGGCCGUCACGGUUCGUCUUGUGGGCAUUGAGAGACUUACUAGAACGGGAACCAUGAUCAUGCUUGGUGCUGGAUGUUCAUUCGUUUACCGUCACCUGAAGUUUCUAUUUGGUGUGAGCUUUGAUUAUGGAUAUAAUAUGAAGGUCCAUCUUGCCAUUGGCGGAUUUCAUGUGAUUGGAUGGUUGUGCUGGGCGUUUCUGAAUCGUAGUACUUGUCCUUACGCUUGGAAAGGCGCCGCAGUUAAUUUUCUCAUGGCUGCAACCAUGGCUCUCGAGCUGCUGGACUUUCCACCCUUUCUGUGGACGCUUGACGCCCAUGCGCUGUGGCAUUUAUCUACAAUCCCUCUGAUUCCUCUGUGGUAUUCGUGA